CAUCCAAUCGACUCUUCUGCCACCUCUAGCAAGCGUACCGGAAUGGAAAAGAAUUAAGAUAUUUUGCUACUGUUACUGAUUUUGCACGCUUUAACAAGUUUUAGGGGCAAGUGAACCGUUUUUCAUCGCUCAGUUUGUUGGCUUAAAGCCGCCGCAACCAUGUCUAACUGCAUCGAGAUUCCCUUGCAGGACACCGAUGAGGUGAUCGAGGUGGACCCAGAUCAACUGCCUGACUGUCCGGAGGUACUGAGCAUUCUUAAGCAGGAGCGAGCACCUCUACAUGUCUGGGUUAAUGUGGCGUUGGCUUACUACAAGCAAAAAAAGACGGAGGACUUUGUCACACUGCUGGAGGAGUCGCGCAGCGAUGACGCCACCAAGGAUUACCGCGACUCGGACAAGGACCUUAUGCGCGCCUUGGACAUGCUGGCCGCUCACUAUGUCCAGGAGGCUUACCGCGAGAAGUCUAAAGACAAGAAGCGUGAGCUCUUCAUGAAGGCCACCAACUUGUACACCAGUGCCGACAAAAUCAUCAUGUACGACCAGAGCCAUCUGCUGGGCAGAGCCUACUUUUGUCUGCUAGAGGGUGACAAGAUGGACCAGGCUGAUGCCCAAUUCAAUUUUGUGCUUAACCAGUCCCCAUCGAAUAUUCCUUCGCUGCUUGGUAAGGCCUGUAUCGCCUUCAAUCGCAAAGAUUACCGCGGAGCGAUGGCCUUCUACAAGAAGGCCUUGAGGACCAACCCAAACUGCCCGGCGAACGUGAGAAUUGGCAUGGCCCACUGCUUUCUGAAAAUGGGUAACCCAGAGAAGGCCAAGCUCGCCUUUGAGCGCGCACUCCAACUGGAUCAACAAUGUGUUGGUGCUUUAAUUGGCCUUGCCGUGCUUAAACUAAAUCAACUGGAGCCCGAGUCCAAUAAGCUCGGUGUUCAGAUGCUUUCCAAGGCAUACACCAUCGACAAUGCCAAUCCAAUGGUGCUUAAUCAUCUGGCCAAUCACUUCUUCUUUAAAAAGGACUAUCAGAAAGUUCACCAUCUGGCGCUGCACGCCUUCCACAAUACUGAGAAUGAGGCCAUGCGUGCCGAGAGCUGUUACCAGCUGGCUAGGAGUUUCCACGCUCAGAGCGACUACGAUCAGGCCUUCCAAUAUUACUACCAAUCAACUCAGAUCGCGCCAGCCAACUUUGUUUUGCCGCAUUACGGGCUGGGCCAGAUGUAUAUCUAUCGUGGUGACACGGAAAAUGCCGCUCAGUGCUUCGAGAAAGUCCUCAAAAUUCAGCCGGGCAAUUACGAGACCAUGAAGAUUCUCGGAUCUCUGUACGCCCACUCUAACUCGCAAACCAAGCGAGAUAUGGCGAAGACUCACCUCAAGAAGGUCACAGAACAGUUUCCUGAAGACAUUGAAGCUUGGAUAGAAUUGGCGCAGAUCCUGGAGCAGAACGACCUACAGGCCUCGUUAAAUGCCUACGGAACGGCUUCAAGCAUUCUUCGGGAUAAAGCCAAGUAUGAGAUUCCCGCUGAGAUUCAGAACAACGUAGCCUCGCUUCACUACCGUCUGGGAAACUUAAAGAUGGCAAAGGACACUCUAGAGUCUGCCCUAAAGCACGCUACUUCUGAGAUGGAUAAGGAUGUGAAGUACUACGAGUCCAUUCAGGUCACCAUGAAGUACAACUUGGCCCGUCUUAACGAGGCAAUGAGCAGCUAUGAUGUGGCCGACAAGCUGUACAAGGAGAUUCUUAAGGAGCAUCCCAAUUAUAUUGACUGCUACCUUCGGCUGGGUUGCAUGGCUAGAGAUAAGGGAUUGAUUUUUGUGGCCUCUGAUUUCUUCAAAGAUGCGCUAAACAUCAACAAUGACAAUCCUGAUGCAAGAUCCCUGCUUGGAAACCUCCAUUUGGCCAAGAUGCAGUUUGCUUUGGGUCAGAAGAACUUUGAAACAAUCCUUAAGAACCCGGCUACUUCUACGGAUGCCUACUCAUUGAUCGCUCUAGGCAAUUUUUCCUUGCAGACACUGCAUCAGCCGAGUAGAGAUAAGGAAAAAGAGAGGAAGCAUCAAGAGAAGGCCCUGGCCAUAUUUAAGCAAGUUCUCCGCAACGAUCCUCGAAAUAUUUGGGCAACCAAUGGAAUUGGAGCUGUGCUGGCCCAUAAAGGAUGUGUGAUCGAGGCGCGGGAUAUCUUUGCCCAGGUGCGCGAGGCCACCGCCGACUUCUGCGACGUGUGGCUGAACAUUGCACACGUUUACGUUGAACAGAAGCAGUACAUCAGCGCCAUUCAGAUGUACGAAAAUUGCAUGAAGAAGUUCUACAAGCAUAACAACGUAGAGGUAAUGCAAUAUCUGGCUAGAGCAUAUCUUCGAGCCAACAAGUUGGUUGAGGCCAAGGCGGUGCUCCUUAAAGCCCGCCGCGUUGCUCCCCAGGAUACUGUCCUACUUUUCAAUAUAGCUGUGGUACUUUCACGUCUGGCCAUGGCUAUUCUCAAGGAUGAGAAAUCCACGCUGGAAAUUGUGUUGCAGGCGGUCCAUGAAUUAGAGCUGGCUCAAAAGUACUUCCAAUACCUUUCGGUGCACGGCGACAAGAACCGCUUCAACAUCGAGGUCGCCGGCAUUGAGGCGAACACCUGUCAGGAUCUUCUUUCCCAGGCCCAAUACCAUGUGGGCCGUGCUCGGCGCAUCGACGAAGAAGAGCGCUCGCUGCGCCGAAAGCAGGAAGAGGAGCGCGAGGCAUUCAAGGUGAAGGUGGCCGAGCAGCGCAAGCGUCGCGAGGAGGAGGCCAAGACCUCCAGGGAGCAGUUGCUAGCCAAGCGCCAGGAGUACGUCGAGAAAACCAAGAACAUGCUCAUUAUCGCCGACUCUGCUCCAGAAAAAGAGCGCAAAAAAGGAGGCGGCCGAGGGCGCAAGGAUGACUACAUUUCUGGCACCGAUAGUGACAACGAUGGCCCUCGCCGCGAGGGAGAACGGCCUACGAAGAAGAAGAGCAAGACGGAGCGUAAAAAGGGCAGCGGACGCAAACGAAAGACGGAAAAGUACGAGAGCGACAGCGAGGAAGAGCCGCGGGCCAGUGGCAAGGCAGCAAAAAAGAAGGGCAAGAAGCCCAAGCCGGUUAAGGAGACCAAGGAGAAACUCUCGGCCAAGCAGCGCCUCAAAGUGCUGUCGAAGGAGACGAUAUCCACCAGUGAAUCCGAAUCGGAAAGCAAGCGGAGUAAGAGCAGGAGCAGAAGCCGAAAUCGCAGUGGUAGCCGAAGUGGCAGUGGCUCCGGAAGCGGCAGUGAACGUGAUGGCAGUCGCAAGCGCAGCAGAAGCAGGAGUGCCUCGGGAUCUGGCAGUGACAGUGACGGAGCUACCAAGCGCAAGCGGGCCAAAAACCGCAUCGAAUCUGGCGGGGAAUCGGAUAGAUCUGGUUCUCGUGCGCGUUCCAGAUCAGGCUCCCGCUCAAGAUCGCGCUCCAAGUCCGGAUCUCGCUCGAGAUCCCGCUCUAAGUCGGGUUCCCGUUCUAGAUCGCGUUCCAAGUCCGGUUCUCGCUCAAGGUCUCGUUCUCAAUCUGGGUCAAGGUCCCGAUCCCGUUCACGCUCUGGCAGUCGAUCGAAGUCCGGAUCCCGCAGUAGGUCAGGAUCUCCGGAAAAAUAACGCACUACUCAAGCAAUAUAAAUCAUUUUUGACUAUAUUUAGUUUCCUUCGAGAGCUGCAAAAAGAUACUAAUAAAAAAUAACUAAUUGUCACACAAA